AUGGACGAGGUCAGCCCUUUCGCCGAAUUCCUGGGCGAGGCGAUCUACCACCUCGAGGCUGUCAAGCCUCUCAUUCCAACCUACUUGCAUCUCCUGGUUUCCGCUUUAUUCCCGAUCUACAUCGGUGCCCAUGCCUCGCUCUCAAGACCAAGCUCUGCUGCCAAACGCCCCAAGAAAACCGACGAUGACGACUCCGACGACGAAGACGAAGACGACGAGGAGGGAGAGAACAAGGCAAAUAUGGAGUCACUGGAGCCUCGCGAUGCAAUCAUGUUUCCCUUGACUGCCGGUAUGACUCUUGGUGGGCUAUACUUGGUGAUCAAAUACAUGGGUGCCGAGCUUCUGAACAAGAUUCUGGGCUUCUAUUUCUCUCAGAUGGGCGUGUUCUUCGCCGUGGCGUUUUUGCGUGAUGUCCUCUCGGUUCUCCGGUCAUUCACCUUCCCACGGACAUAUACCUACAACGGUGGGCUCUGGAAGGUGCAGCAGUCUCAGCGCGUUUUCAAUGUUGUUGGCGAGACUACUUCUUCACGGGUCCGACGCUCUCCCCUUCCAGGCAUCUUUGGUUCCUUCCCAUUGCCGGACUCCACGGUCGAUCUUCUGUGGACUUGUCGCAAUGCGCUCUACCAAAAGGCCAAAUUCAAAAUCAACAUUCACCGCAUCUGCAAGUCCGAAAUCUCAGUGGACAUGCUGGACUUGUUCAGCAUCUUGCUGGCCCUGCCGGCUGUGGGAUACUUCGCUUUCGUCGAGAAGCCGUGGUGGUUAACCAACUUCCUCGGAUUUAGCUUCUGCUACGGAGUCUUGCAGUUUAUGUCGCCCUCUACUUUCCUGACUGGAUCCCUCAUCCUCGGCUCGCUUUUCUUUUACGACAUCUACUUCGUGUACUUCACACCCUUGAUGGUCACAGUUGCGAAAUCAUUGGAUGUGCCAAUCAAACUCCUGUUCCCUCGCCCCGCAGGCCCGGACCAGCCGGUCGAUUCCAUCUCUUUAGCCAUGUUGGGUCUGGGCGACAUCGUCAUCCCCGGUAUGAUGGUCGGCCACGCACUUCGAUUUGACCUUUACCUCUAUUACCUGCGAAAGGGAUACCGGAAAGCGAAAGCUGAAGGUAACGAGGAAGAGCCAGUCAAGCCUAUCUACCAGUCUGCUAGAGGAGGAUGGGGUGAGCGUUUCUGGACGAAAGCCAUUAAACCGCAGGAGGCUGAGCUGGAGCCCCCCUACCAGGAUGCUCGACUCUUUCCUAAGACCUACUUCAAGGCUAGUGUCGUUGGGUACCUGGCCGGAUUGGUUACAACCCUAGUGGUCAUGCAAUUGUUCAACCACCCCCAGCCCGCGCUUCUAUAUCUGGUUCCCGGCGUUCUCAUCUCCUUGUGGGGUACUGCCUUCGUUCGAGGCGACAUCCAUCACAUGUGGAACUUCAGCGACAGCGAAGACGACGAGGAAGACGAAGAGACCGAGUCUGGCGAUAAAGAAAAGGAGAAGAAGGAAGAGGAAGAAGAAGACAAGAAUGUUGGUUUCUUUCGUAAACUCUUCAACAUGUCACACAAAGGAGCCGACAAGGCACAAAAGUCGGACGAAGCUUCCAAAAAGUCCACCGAUGAAAAGAACGACAAAGCCGGCGACAAGAAGUCCGAUGAAGAUGGCAAAGCCGACGAGAAUCUGGAUCUAUUUUCCUUUUCAUUUUACAUCCCGCGCAAGAGCAAGUCGGCAAAGUCCGCAGCUAAGUCUGCUGAGACUGACGAGGCUACCGACGAUUCGAAAAGCUCGUCAACCCGUGCUGACUCUCCCGUGGAAGACGAAAACUGGGCUGUCAUUGGCGGUGAUAACGAACCUCCUACCAAAAGGCAGCGCAAGAGCGCCAGGAACGCAGCAAAAACCGCUGCUAACUAG